AAUAGCUGCAGGCCUUUCGAAUUUCUUUUGCAUUUGGACUUGACACAAGUUGACCUGCAAAAAAAAACCCGCACAGUUGAAAUUCUUGGAGACCUGAUCACCUGGAAAACAACUUCUGAAAACAAACUGAUACCUGGAGAAAAAACAUACAGCAGUAAAACUACAGCCAAACCUACUGUAAUUUCCUGCUAAAAUGACUUCUAGUGGAGCCCCUGCGGCGGAAGUCCUGUCGACCACACGGAGAAUUCACUUUCCACGUGGUUUAUUCGGGCCUCCGAACCCUGACCGCCCUGUCGCUGUGAUCGCCCCCUACAACCCAAUCCUGCCUGAUUACCAGGACGACGAGGAAGAGAUUGACGUUGUUGGGGAAGGUGAUGUGGACGGGCUUCAGGAGGCUGGGCUUCAGGAGGCUGAGCCUCAGGGAGGUAAUGCGGAAGGUGAGCAGCAGUUUCCACCACUGCACAAUGGGGUGGAGGAGCAAGAACAAGAGCAAGUUCCUUUUCCUGUUAACUACCCUGUUGACUACCCUGUUUACUACCCUGUUUACUACCCUGUUUACUACCCUGUUCCCUACGCUGUUCCCUACGCUGUUCCUCAACCUUUUCCUCAAGCUUAUCCUCAUCUCCCAUAUGCUCCUUACGGCUUUCACCAAGCUCAUUACGCUUAUCCUCAUGCCCCUGCUGAUCCUCCUGCUGAUCCUCCUGCUGAACCUUUUCAUGAUCCUAUCAUACCUGCUGUUGAAGAUUUACUGGCCGGGUACAGGUAUGAGCAAUCUGAAGAGGACGAGGAAGAGCACGAGGAUGAAAACGAGCACGAGCACCAGCACCAGCACCAGCACGAGGACGAAGACAACUCUGAGAUCGAUGUUGUUGGACUUGAUGUCUCUGAACUGGAUGCUGAGCACAUCUGGCCAGACGUCCUAGACGAUAGUUUUGACGAGGCAGUCCUUCCUGAAUCCCCUGGCCUCGGCUGCUCCAGGAGACGCAGGCACGAGAGCGACAGCGAGGAGGAGAGUCCUGCAAAGAGGGGGAGGUGGUCUGAUGUGUUGGAUUUGUAUUAACUCAACAAUGGAUGGGCUGACAUCCCUCCUUGAAACAUCGAAGCAUGUCCAUACCUGCCCUUCAUCACUUCGGCAUAACAAUAGGGCCAAUGACGCCCAGGGUAGCUUUUGCGUCUGGCAGGGCUGUACAUAUCUAUUUGUGUAUCUCUUCAUUUUUGCAUAGGGGAUCGAUCGACCCUGACGGCCGUCCUUUGCGUCUUGCAGGGUCGACAAUGCCUCAGGUAGCUCUUGCGUCUGGCAUGGUUGUCGACUCCCCGUGCAUGUAGCCUUUGCGUCUGGCGGGGCUGAUGAAGACAAGGGUAGCCUUUGCGUCUGGCGGGGCUGAUGAAGACAAGGGUAGCCUUUGCGUCUGGCAGGGCUGUCAACACCCCAAGUUGCGUCUUGCACUGGGGCUUGCUUGGAAAUGUUUGCAUAUAUAUAUUUGUGUAUCUCUUCAUUUAUGUAUGGGAAAGAGAUCGACUGUAUUUCUGUCACCCUGACGGCCGGCCUUAGCGUCUUGCAGGGCCGACAAGGCCUCAGGUAGCUAUUGCGUCUGGCAUGGUUGUCGACUCCCUGUGCAUGUAGCCUUUGCGUCUGGCGGGGCUGAUGAAGACAAGGGUAGCCUUUGCGUCUGGCAGGGCUGUCAACACCCCAAGUAGCGUCUUGCACUGGGGCUUGUUUGGAAAUGUUUUGCAUAUAUAUAUUUGUGUAUCUCUUCAUUUUUGCAUAGGGGAUCCAUCGACUGUAUUUCUGUCA